CUGAGCUCGUUGAGACACGGACACAGACGGCAUCAGCGAGAGAGACCAUCAGCAUCCAACACAAACCCGCUGUACGGGGCUUGGCAGCCAGCCUCCCUCCGUCCCUCCGUGUCCAGCCAUGAAACUGUUACUGGAACUCAUGAGGAUGAGCAGGAUCUGCCGGAUGGUGCUGGCCACUUGUUUAGGAUCUUUUAUUCUGGUCAUCUUCUAUUUCCAAAGUAUGUUACAACCAGUUAUGAGGCGGAACCCAUUCACAGCGGAGGGCUGCUGUCGAAAAGGCUCCAGAAAUGCCUUACAAGAACUGUACAACCCUACACAGGCUGAUUUCUCUGCGGCAGCUGUGUUGCAUCAAACCCGACGGGAUCAGGUAGCAGACACGUGUCGGGCCUACAUCGCGUCAAGCCACAAGAAGCGCGUCCUGACACCCAACGACCUCAAGCACCUAGUGGUGGACGAGGAGCAUGAGCUUAUCUACUGCUACGUACCCAAGGUGGCCUGCACCAACUGGAAACGGGUCAUGAUGGUGCUGAGCAGCCGGGGGAAGUACAGUGACCCCAUGGAUAUUCCGUCCAACGAGGCCCACAUACCCUCCAACCUCAAGACGCUCAACCAGUACAGCAUUCCCGACAUCAACCACCGCCUCAAGAGCUACCUCAAGUUCCUCUUCGUACGCGAGCCCUUCGAGAGGCUGGUGUCGGCCUACCGCAACAAGUUCACGCUUCGCUACAACACCUCCUUCCACAAACGCUAUGGGACAAAGAUCGUACGGCGAUACCGCAAGAAUGCGACAGCUGAGGCUCUGCAAAACGGUGCUGAUGUCAAGUUCCAAGAAUUUGCGGAGUACCUAGGGGACCCAGCUACUCAGAGAGAAGCUCCAUUGAACGAACACUGGCAGACGGUUUACUCGCUAUGCCACCCUUGCCUCAUUCACUAUGACCUGGUUGGCAAAUACGAGACUUUGGAGGAAGAUGCCAACUACGUGCUGAAGCUGGCUGGGGUUGGCGACUUGUUGCGUUUUCCAUCGUACGCCAAAUCCACUCGUACAACUGACCAGAUGGCUGCGAUGUUCUUCAACAACAUUAGCUCGAUGCAGCAGGGCCAGCUCUACCAACUCUAUAAAUUGGACUUCCAUAUGUUCAAUUACUCUAUUCCCAGCUACCUAAAACUGCAGUAAACACACAUAUGCAGUUGCGCGCGUGCACAUUGUGAGCUCUCGGAUUGUUCAACAAGGUCGAUCAGUGGAAGAAGAACAUUGGCGAAGGCUGGUUUGAAUUAACCAAACACUUAAAUGUAAAAUUGUAUUUAUAUCCGCAAGGACGGUUGCUUUAUUUUGAUAUGACCAAGGAGCCAGGCUGUCAGUCAACAACAAAUAAGGAAAAUAAGGGACAUUUUGGGAGGAAUUUGCAGAUUACAAUUCUAAGACUGGGGUCUGAACUCCUACUAUAUUUGUCCUUUGAAUUGUCAGUGUUCAGUGUGAAGGCUCUUAUUCCCAAACAUCAAAAGCAAUAUGACAGAUUUGAGCCAUACCUGCUCAGCUAGUUUUAUCUAUAAAUAUAUUCAGCCAUUCGCAACCAUUAUAAAAGAUUCUCAGUAAGGAGCCCUUAGAGAAUUUAGGACUUAAGAUAUAAUCUUAUAGACUUUAAUUCCCCACUUCUAAUUUUGCAUUCCCUUGGGCCAUUUCCUCUCACUUCUCUCCUUUAGAUGGCCUUGUAUGUGUGCAUUCAUAUGGUGCAUAUAUAAAGGAAGGCCUUAUAUGCGCACUAAAAUAAGAAUGACAUAAAAGGCAUUGAGUGGUCCAUUUCAGAAGGGGUGUGCCCAAAUGUGAUUGACAGACAGUGGCUUCUCCCACUAGGUCAGUCAGGGGGUCACAUCCGUAGCAGCUGGGAUGUCAGAGGUCACUGCAGGUUCAAGCUUGGCCCUUUUCCAGUAAUCCAGUAAGCACACCGUUCCCACAACACUCCCCUUAGUGUGAAUAUAAGGAUUGUUUGUUUUAUUUUGUAUUUGUUUACUGUCUAAUGAAAACGUGUCUGCGAGCAGCACAAUAUAAUAUUAUUUGAAUUGCUGUGUGAAAUAGAGAUGAGCAUGAUUUAAUAUUUUGUUUCCAGGAAUGGAAAGCAGCCCUUCUGAAAAAAAAAAGCCUUAGGUGGUUUGCUGGUCUUAGCUGGUCUGUUUGUUGGUUUACUAAACAGCUAAAUGGACUAAAGACCAAGCUGGUCAGGCUUGGAAAUCAGCUAGACCAGCUUAAACCAGCUAAAACUAGUUGUUUUAUCAGCAAGGAGCUUAGAGGUAGACAUUUUCUGAGAUUUUAAUUUGUAUAAUUUGUUCAUAUUUCAUCUUGCCUCUUUUGAAGAACACUGGUGCAAGGAUACCUCGCUGGUUGUUUUUUGAGGGGUGUACUGAAAAAGGGCAGGACUUCGUUUUCUGGGCUGUUUUCAUGGAAAUGUUUCACACACUGGUGUUUGUUUGUGCGAGGGAGAGAGAAAUUGUAGGCAAAUCUGUUCCAUCCAUUAGAUGAUUGCUUCUUGAUGAUGUCUUACCCAAUUUAGGCAGUUCAAAGGAAAGCUCUUUAAUUUAGAGAGCUGUCUUUUAAAGACAUUUUAUUUGCUUUGCUUGGACGAGCACGGAAAUUAUGAAAUUGCUUAUUUAAAUGUGCGAUGGCCACAAGUGGGCGUGUCCAAGUUCUUUGACUCUUUGUUUCAGGGUUUCAAUAGAUUUGAGGAAUUCCAGUUUAGCAAGGUUCUCUUUCACUGGCAUAUAAAAUCAUUGUCAUUAAACCAACUGUUUGUAAAUUGCAUCGACUGUCUAUUCAAAUCUGUUUUAAUUCCUAACCAGAACAGAAAAUUAGUUUUAAGCUAAACGAAUCAAUCUGAAUCAGAAUUUCUCCUACUUAAUUUGAUUCAUCAGCUCAGAAAACAAAGUGUGUCCAAAGAAGAAUCACGUCUCAUUUAUGGUUUAAAUGUAUUUUCUUUCAUUUGUUCAGUAAUAACAAACACAGUACUGCCUCAUUACCGCCCACCUUACAGCCAAGCUGAUACACGCAUUAGUGCCCACAUUAGCAGCAGGCACAGUGCCUUUCAAACACUCAGUAUCAUCCAAUGCACUCUAGCAUACAUAGUACAGCUCACUUUCAUACACGACAAAGUGCCUUCAUGCACGUUAACACAUACAAUUGUGCGCUUACAUUCACACUGCAGGAUCUCACCCCAAGGUUCAGCAUCCAUACACGCAAACACGCCCACAUGGUUUACCUGUUGCUCUAUGUGCCUGUUGUAUAAUCAAUGUCUACAUUUGUUCAAUGCUGUCAUAUGACCUUUAAAAAGCAUACUUAAUCAGUCGGGUUUGUGGGUGUGUUUUAUAUAUGUGGUUUCACACUGCAAAAAUAUCAUUAAAAUAUCAAAAUAUUCUUAAAACAAGAUACAUUGUCUUGAGAAGCAGAAUGAUCUAGGAAUUUUUUUUUUGGUUUUCAGAGAAAUCUGAUAAAAUGUACUAAUGUUUAUGCUUGUAACAAGAAAAAACUAUUUGCCAAUAUGAUGAGAAUAAUUAAAGGAAACCUUGAUUUAAAGGAAAAAUUUGUAUUUUUCUUACCUCAUUGGCAAAUAUGUUUUUCCUGUUUUAGGCAUAAUUUAGUUUUAGGCAAGAUUUAAUAUCGUAUAUCAAUCUGCUUCUCAUGUAUUUUUUCAUUAUUAUUAAGGAUGUUUUAAGGAUGUUUAGAUAUGCUUUACUGCAAAAUAAAUUAUCUUGAGAAACUUAGAUUUAUUUUCAGAGAAUAUUUUGAGUUUAUUUUGUUUACCCCUUUGGCAAAUUAUAAAAAAAUCAAAUUAAAAAAAAAAAAAAAAAAAAAUUAAUCAUAAAUCUAACACCUUUUUUUGUGGUUUAUGCUUAAAACAAGUUUGCCUGCGUUGUAAGAAAAACAAACUUGAUUCAAUAUUUAUUCUCUGAAAACAAGUCUUUAUAUCAUAAGCAUAUUUUUAUUCUUAAGUAAAAUGUGCAACUUUAUUGGAAAACAAGACAAACAUAUUGAUUAUAACUUUUUUGUUCAAUGUGUGAUCAUUUGGCUGGCAGCUUUGCAUUUUUUGAGCGAUUAUCAGGCUCACAGACAUUGUCCAACAAGACGCAGUCUAAUUUAUUUAUUUAUUCCUCUACGGCAACACAAAGAAAUCUUUCCUUUUUUUCCUUUUCAGUAUUCAGGAUGGACUCAUUGAUGGUUAUGAACUGUAAAUGAAAAAAAAUUUAAAAUACAAAUCAAGUAAACUGUCUGAUCAAUGCACUCCCCGGAGUCUCUGUCUCUCUCUCUCUAUCUCUCUCUUUCUCUCUCGAUCUCUCUGUUUUCUCAAUAAAGCUGAAACUGAGAGCCUA